UUGGUAAGCGUCUAUGCACCUGUUAAACCCGUCCGCCAAUCACACGUCCAUGUAAAAGUGUCCAAGAUGGCGACCUCCAUCGUUCUGUAUUAUACGUUCUCGCCAAUUGCAACAAAAUAACAUUAUUGUCACAUGUCAAAACGUUGUUGUUGGUCGCAGAAAAUACAACACGGUUUAGUAUAUUGAAUCGGAAACGUUCAAAUCGUCUCCAAUGCUGUGUACAUUUGUAGAACUGCGCGCGGUGAUGGUCUGAGGGGAUUUCCAAGCAUGGCCACCGAUAACAGAAUUCAUUUCUGGAGGAAAAACGCAAAGGUUCCAGGGAGUAUACAGCCAGUUUAUGGAGCACAGCAUCCUCCCCUUGACCCCAGAAUCCACCGCACGUUUCCUAAAGACACUCCAAAGGCAAAUAAUCUCAAGUCCAAAAAGGCGUCUAGUUUCCACGAGUUUGCCCGCAGCACAAACGAUGCCUGGGACAUCGACGAUGAGGAGGAUGAGGACUUCUUAGCUCCCAUCCAUCCCUCAUCUCUCCCGCCCACCCUGCUCUCCACACACCAGGUACCUCCUCUUCCUCCACAACAACCCAUUAACACCACCAUUGAGCCAGACACAGGGCCAGGACCUGCAGACCGGCUGGCUCCCCCAACAGCAGAGGUCCGCCUUCAGCAUGAGGAGGCCAAUGGCAGAGUGGUGGUGAAGUCCAGCAGUGAGGCCCAGCUCAACACCAAUACAGUGCGUUCCACUCUGCAGAAGCAACAGUCUCUCCCAGUCCGCCCCAUCAUCCCGUUAGUCGCCAGAAUCUCUGACCAAAAUUCAUCGGGGGCCCCAAUCAUGACAGUGCGAGACAAGAGUCGAUUGGACAAAUUCAAAUACCUUCUGUCCUGUCCUAACACCGACCUCGAGGAGCUCCGGAAGCACAGCUGGUCAGGCAUUCCACGAGAAGUGAGGCCCAUCACAUGGAGGCUCCUCUCUGGUUACCUCCCAGUCAACAUGGAGCGCAGAGACCUGGUGCUGAAGAGGAAGAGAGAUGAGUACUUUGGUUUCAUUGAACAGUAUUACCACUCCAGGACAGACGAGACUUACAAAGACACAUAUAGACAGAUCCACAUUGAUAUUCCGAGGACAAACCCACUAAUUCCACUUUUCCAGCAGCCUGCGGUACAAGAGGUGUUUGAGAGGAUCCUCUUCAUCUGGGCUAUCCGCCAUCCAGCCAGCGGCUACGUCCAGGGAAUCAAUGACUUGGUCACUCCAUUCUUUGUGGUAUUCCUUUCCGAAUUUGUUGAGGAGGAUGUGGAGAAUUUUGACGUAGCGUCCUUGCCUCUUGACACCCAGAGGAACAUUGAGGCAGACAGCUUCUGGUGCAUGACCAAGCUGCUGGACGGAAUACAGGACAACUACACUUUUGCUCAGCCAGGGAUACAGAACAAAGUUAAAGCUUUGGAAGAAUUGGUCAGCAGAAUCGAUGAGGACAUACACAACUACUUUAAGAGGUAUGAGGUGGAGUACCUGCAGUUCGCUUUUCGUUGGAUGAACAACCUGCUGAUGAGAGAGCUGCCUCUACGCUGCACCAUACGCCUCUGGGACACCUAUCAGGCUGAACAAGAGGGCUUCUCCCACUUCCACCUCUACGUCUGUGCUGCUUUCCUGAUCGAGUGGCGCAAAGAGAUCCUCUCCAUGGUCGAUUUUCAGGGUCUUCUCAUGUUACUCCAGAACCUUCCUACAAUCCACUGGGGGAAUGAGGAAGUGGGCCUUCUCCUGGCUGAAGCAUACAGACUCAAGUAUAUGUUUGCUGACGCGCCCAAUCACUACAAAAGAUAGGCCUCUAUGCCACUGGUUCUUAAACUCUUUUUUUAACCGUGGCACACCUUGAUAGGAUAAAACAUUGUGCUGCACACCUACAAUUUCCCUAUUCAUGUAGUGGUAAUAGCAUGCAUCUUACAUGAUCCAUACUGCAAAUCACCUAUUUUCUGUGACAAAAAUUUUUUAUAGGUUAAAUGGAGUUAAUUUGAUCGUUCCUUAAUCUGAAUGUGUGUCUACCCCUUAAAGAGUGUCCUGUGAAUCCGAGUUAGAUUUUUUUUUUAUCGGUCCGGUAAUAUCUGUCUGUUACAAAUAUAUAUAUAUAAAUAUAUAUAUAUAUAUAUAUAUAUUUUUUUUUUUUUACGGUUUGGGCUACAUAUGAACAGUUUUCUGCACUGUUAAAGGUGCAACCACGGACACAAAGCCACGCUCCGUUUGUUUCUACGGCAACGGCUGUGGUACAGCUAAACCUAAUCAGACUUGGUUAUGCUAAUUGUUCUCACAGGCGAAGUAAAGGGAUAUAUAAAUGUAUUUUCUCGUGAUGCGCGCCCCUCAAAUGAUACAAAAUGUAACAACAGCCUGAGCGCACUGGACUUGAAACAGCCACACAGAUGGAACCAUGUGCCAUUCAAUGUAUUAUCUGAACGGCGCUGGUGCUCCCAAGUCCAAAUUCCACAGUCCCCCCCCCCCUCAAGGCACAACAGUGUGCUGCGUCACACAGGUUGAAAACCACUGCUCUAUGCACUGGUGAACAGAUUGUAAAACAAGAGUUUGAUAUGUAGGUUUUUAAUCCUCUGACAUGACUGACGGACAUACUGUAAAAUACCUAUAGAUUAUUCACUCAAAAACCCUGGCCUGAACUACCAAUUGUACAAUAUUUUUCUUGCUGUCUUUCUCUGUUAAUAAUUGCAUUGGCAAGUUUCAUUCCACUGACUCUGCAGUGUAUUAUCUUAGAGUCAGUGGCUUGAACGUCUCAGUAGUAGUCUGUUACAGUUCACGCCGUAGGCAUCGAGUAGGAUCCUGGCAUACAGCUGUGAGUUCUGCUGUUGGAACUCUAUACUGUACUGUGUAAAUGACUGGUAUUUUAAUCUGGAAGGGAUAAGUACUUGGCUAAUCGGUUAAUGGCUAGUUCAAAUUAAUUCAUACUGGCGUUAAAUCAGUAUUGUUUGUCUCAAAAGUUUUAACCGAACUCUGAAUGGAUGAUGUUGACAGUUUGAUCAUCCUUUAAGUUUCAGAGAGAAUAUACUUGAGUUAUUUUGUUUGUCGUUUGUUUAUGACAAGAGUUCUGUGGUAAAGCUAGCUCACAUAUAUUUGACCACUUUGUCCCCACUUGUUCCCUUCGUGGAUAUAUUGAGUCCAACAAAAGGCCAGUCUGAAUAUCUAGUGAAGAAAUGGUCAAAUGUAGUACAACGUGAUACGGGAGGAGUCACAGCUGUUACUAAUAGCCGCUCCGUAGACCAGAAAAAAGGUGCUUUAUUUCAGGGCUUAUCUAUAGGGGUGCCAUAUUGAAUCCCAAGGCCUCAAUGUGAAUCGGAUGAGAAUAGCGACCUUUAAUUGUUGAUGUAUUGUUGUAAAGUUUGGACUAGAUAUAAAGUAUUAGUUGAACUAGAUAUAGCUGGAUUUUAUCAUCUGAUUAUUUGCUAUUUUGUUUAGUAAUCGUCAGACUUCAAUUUUCUUUCUAGAUUAUAUGAAACUGUGGCACGUAUGAAAGUUGAUCAAUUGGAUCAAAAAUGAAUUUGUCAUUUGCAACUGAAUGAGACUUGUCUACCCUUCAAAUAGUGUAAACCUGAAGGGGAGCUGACACUUUACCAAAUGUAUAUUGUGUAUGUUUGUGGUGUUCAUAACAAUGCGAUGCAAAUGUUGCUUUGUCUUUUUCCUCUUCCUGAAGAAAUAUACAAACCAGUGCAAUCUAAAUCAACAAUCUGCAACACGAUGUAAUGACCAUCCAGGAAGCUCUUCAGAUAGGAGAGAAAAUGACUGUUGUACUUCCCUGUUUGUGGUUUGCAACAGCAUCUACUCUUAUUUAGUAAUGGUUAACUUAAACAGUUAUCUGUAAACUUUAUAGAAGUGAAAAUUGUGUAUAUUAAGAAUUCAAAUGUUCAGAUUUGUUAUAUAGUAAUCGACUGUGUUUUGCCUUGACUCUGAGGGUUGCUAAUGCUGAUGGGGAUUUUCAGAGGAGACUUUUAAUAACCCUCCCUACACAGUUACUUGAUCUAUUGAAAACGGUGUCCUGUGAUAUCAACACAGCUGUAUUUCAAGCCUUUGUUAUAAGAAUAUGUAUUGCUCUCUUUCUUUUACUGUCUAACAUGGAAAGCUGAAAUGUUGUCAUUUGACCUUUUGUUUUGUGUCAGUUGAUAUUGGGGUUAUGUAGUAGCCUACCAGUUGAUAUUGGGGUUAUGUAGUAGCCUACCAGUUGAUAUUGGGGUUAUGUAGUAGCCUACCAGUUGAUAUUGGGGUUAUGUCGUAGCCUACCAGUUGAUAUUGGGGUUAUGUAGUAGCCUACCAGUUGAUAUUGGGGUUAUGUAGUAGCCUACCAGUUGAUAUUGGGGUUAUGUCGUAGCCUACCAGUUGAUAUUGGGGUUAUGUCGUAGCCUACCAGUUGAUAUUGGGGUUAUGUCGUAGCCUACCAGUUGAUAUUGG